UGCCUUGAACAACUGACAGCGUAAGCAGCCUAUGCCUGUGUACAGCUGAGACGAUACGUUAAUCUCUGUGGGCGGGACUAUGACAUUGUUGUGGACCAGCAUCCGCCAAUUUGUUGACCAGUCGAGCGGUGUUACUGUGCCAGCUGCAGGUCACACAGUCGAAACUCCACGGGCUCACGAUGGAGUUAAAGGUGCCCGAGGUGCAGUCCUGUUGCUGGUGCGUCUCGCUUAGGACGGGGGCCAAGAUCUUUGGAUUUCUCUCUUUGGUAGGCGGAUUGUUACUGUCUGUGGCAACAGUUGUGCAGAUCUUGAUCCUACCAGAACUGCCCGAUGAGGAAGAACACAAGUGGUUACUGGUUGAAAUGGGGAUGGACCUUCUUCUUCAAAUAGUUCAUCUGACCACAUCUUUCUUUCUGCUAUUAGGGGUUUACCAGGAAAAACGCAAACUCAUCCCACCGUGGUUGGUGACCACAGUUCUGUUGGCGGUAGCAGAGGUUUUAUUCAUGACGUCUACUAUUUCAAGUCGAUUCAUAGUAGAGACUCAAGAUUCAUACACUUCCUUUUCGUUGUUUCUCACAGUUUUAGACUUGAUGGAUGAGAUCUACGGAUUUUUGGUGGUCUACAGCUACUAUCGUACACUGCCUGUCAUGGACAGUAGCGUAGUGUGAGCACAAGCAAACAUAUCCAAUUAAAUAUUCCUACACUGCCAUCAAAAUUGCUGGAGAUAAGCUCUUCGAAACCUUCUAGUGAAAACUAAAACUAUCAUAAAAUUUCAAUUAAGCACAUAUAGCAUGGAACAACUGAAAUGCGAGGUUCCAAAAGUAAUUACUGGCUUCUACCUCUUUUUCUUUGGAAGAAAACACGAAGAAAUUUAACAAUUAAUGCACUUACACCAUUAAACUAAACAGAUAGACUGACACGUAAUAAGAAAAGAAAUCACUAGAAACCAGUGUGUUACAUUUAAAAGCGAUACCAUCAUAAAGUCAUAAACUAGGCAUACCUGGAUGGUUCUAUAUUGGAUUUUCAAUUAGCCUUGUAUUACCUAACGUCGUUAAAAAUACUCGUUGUUCUUAAAGCUAUUUUAUGAGAUUAAGUAACAACAUUAGGAUUUAAAUGUUCUAUAAUGUUUCAAAAAUGAUUAUUAAAUUUGGUUAAAGAAGCGUACUUGUAGUGUUUUUGGUGUUGAAGUAAUUUUAAUGUAGGAUAUGCUACUUAAUUCUUGUCAAUUACUGGGAUUUUAAGUUUUGGGCCCAGAAAAGCUAAAACAAUAAAAAAUAUUUGUUGAAUAAGCUAGGUUUUCAAUAUUUAUUGUAAUCGAAACUGUAUUUUUAUGUGGGUAUUUUAAUUCUUUACAUUUAUAAAAUUUUAUUUCAGCUGCUAUUUUGAAAAAAAAUUAUGAUAAAUAUUUACAUUGUAGUUGAUUUUCUUGCGUUGUGGGAACUCAAGUAAUACCUCUAUACGAGUAUGCAUAGAAAAUGGAGUUUUUAAAACAUAUUUAAUUACUACUUCAUAUUGCGUUGGUCAUAUGCAUAUAAAUUAUAUUUUUAUUUUAGAAUUAUUGUUCAACAUACUGUAAUAAAAUUUAUGAUACAAGUUGCAUAUUAAAGUAAUAUUCCGAUUACAAUUUUUCUUGUGCUAUAUCAUGUGUUUCUUGUUGUAAACAUAACAAUUUAAUGUUUUAAAACUGAAAAUUUUAUUUAUUUUAUGUAGUUAAACAAAUAAACGAAUUAAAAACUA